AUGAGGAAGCGGAGGAACGCCGACGGCGAUGGUGACGGUGGCGCGUCAGUUAACGGCGAAGAUAAUCGGAGCUCGUCUAUUAUUUCUUCUAACACAUCUCAAACUCGAUCUCCGAGGAGGAUAUUCUUGUUCUGCCUCGCGUUUCGUGUGGUGAAUGCUUUGUUGAUUCAAACUUAUUUCAAUCCCGACGAGCAUUGGCAAUCCCUUGAAGUAGCUCAUCGUACCGUCUUCGGGUACGGUCAUGUGACAUGGGAGUGGAAGAGAGGAAUAAGAAGCUAUUUGCAUCCCAUGGUAUUCGCAUUCUUGUAUAAACUUCUUCAAGUUACGGGCCUUGAUACUCCCUACGUAAUGAGCAAAGCUCCACGUCUCAUGCAAUCCAUAUUUUCAGCUCUUGGUGAUCUCUAUUUGUAUAAACUCUCGGAUGCUCUAUACGGAGAACAUGUUGCAAGUUGGUCUCUCUUUUGUCAAAUGACAAACUGGUUCAUGUUCUUCUGUUUGAACCGUACUUUUUCAAACUGUUUGGAGACUGUUCUAACCAUCAUGGGGCUCUACUACUGGCCUUGUAUUAGAGAUCCUUCAAAGGACUAUCCCGUGAAUCGGAAGUGGGGUUUGGUCAUAGCAGCCCUGGCGUGUGCCAUAAGACCAACAAGUGCAAUCAUAUGGUUAUUUGUUGGGAUGCUCGAGCUGUUCCUGACGCCUAAAAAGGUCAAAUUCAUCGUUCUAGAGGUGAUCCCGAUUGGGUCUUUGGUGCUCGGUUUCACCUGUUUGUUAGACCGUCUGAUGUACGGGUCAUGGGUCAUUGUGCCUCUCAAUUUUCUGAAGUUCAACUUCCUUUCAUCUGGUGGAGACUAUUACGGAACUCACCCAUGGCAUUGGUACUUCACCCAAGGAUUUCUUGUCAUGCUUUUCACUUUCACACCGUUCUCCAUUGUUGGAAUUAUCAAGUCUAAGAAUCAAAAGCUCUCAGCUCUUGUUCUAUGGGUUUUAGCUGUGUACAGCCUUCUCGGCCACAAGGAAUUCAGUUUAUUCCAUCAGAGAGGAACCGAAGAUGCUAUGAACUACUUAUCCGAAGAAGCAUACAAAGAAAGAGUAAAGAGCAUUCUCUUUCUCAUGCCAUGCCAUUCUACUCCCUAUUAUUCCACUCUCCACAGUAACAUUCCGAUGCAAUUUCUGGAUUGCACGCCAAGUGAAGAGAAAGGAAAACUUGAUGAGUCAGAUCAAUUCUUAAUGGACCCUUUAAGUUUUGCAUCAGAGUUAGCUAGAAGCUGGUCAGAGCCGCCUAGUCACAUUGUCAGAAGAUUCUUCCACGCGCAUUUCAAAGUUGAUCGAGAUCUUCAAUCUUCAGUAGUCGUCUAUGCUAGACAAGACUGA